AUGCAGUCUCCAUACAUUUUUUUCUUCCUUUUCACUUACCUUCCUGCUCUUGGUCUGGCCUUACCAGCUACGGCCGAUGGACGCAAUGGUGUCUCUGCGUCCCAGAUCUCGAACGCCGUCGCGGCCUGGAGACAAGAUACGGGGAAAGUCUCCAAUUUUCUUAACACUGCGACAACGUUCACCGGCUCAGAAUUUACCAAGCAAGCUACGAUCGCUCUCAACGCCGAACUUGACGAGCUGAAUCACAAGAAGGUUCUUGAUACCGCUUUCCAAGGAGCGCAGACGAUUUCGCAAGCCAAUAAUGUGCUUGCUACUCAGGGCACAUUUCAGCAGGUCGUUGAUGUUUUAAGGUCCAUGGUCCAGAAUGGUCCUUCCACCGCCCAGCAAGACGUCGACACCAUCAAUCAAAACCGUUGUGUCAAUGUUCUUCCCAACAUCGACAAGUAUUUCGCGGCUGCUGGUUCCCCUAACGUACGUUCAAUUCGUCCUACGGGAUGCUCAUCGGUUCAAGGCGGUGGCGGGAACGGCGGCAAUGGAAACGGCGGCAAUGGAAACGGUGGCAAUGGAAACGGCGGCAAUGGAAAUGGUGGGAACAACUCCGGAAAACAGAACCAGAACCAGAACCAGAACCAGAACCAGAACCAGGGCAAGGGAAACAACAUCCAGAAGAAUGGCAACAACAGCCCGCAGCCUGCCCGCUAG